AUGUUAUCCCAUUCCCGGUGUCUCACCAGGAAUUUUGGCCGUUCCCUCUCUGCCAUCCGCCAGGGGAAUAAUGUGUUAGCCCGCCGGGCCACAGCAGUUCUAUCAGCUAGCCAUCCAGCCACUGUCAACAGCGAUUUAAAAUAUAAUCCCCGAUCCAAUGUCUUCCAAAUCCAGUACUUCAGGACAUCUUCAGCCUACAGGGAUGAAGUUGUCACUGUCAAGACGCCUGCAUUUGCGGAGUCUGUCACAGAGGGGGAUGUGAGGUGGGAGAAAGCUGUUGGAGACACUGUCACUGAAGAUGAGGUGGUGUGUGAAAUUGAGACAGAUAAGACGUCGGUGCAGGUUCCCUCUCCAGCUGCUGGAGUGAUUGAGGAGCUUUUGGUUCCUGAUGGAGGGAAGGUUGAAGGAGGAACUCCACUUUUCAAGCUUAGGAAAGGAGCUGGUGCUCCCAAAGCUGCAGAAGCUCCAAAAGCUGAGGCUCCAGCUGCUGCAGCCCCUCCACCACCUUCUGCUGCACCCCCUUCACCCCCACCUCCUCCUCCUUCAGCUGUAGGCCCCAUCCCCACUACCAUGCCCCCUGUGCCACCCGUGCCAGCACAUGCUAUGGCCACCAAACCAGUUUCAGCCAUCAAGCCCACUGCUGCUCCAUCAGCUUCAGCAGCCCAUGCAGAGGGAGGGGUUAAAGCAGCAAGGACAGAAAGCAGAGUUAAAAUGAACCGCAUGAGACUGAGAAUUGCCCAGAGACUGAAAGAAGCCCAAAACACCUGCGCUAUGUUGACUACGUUUAAUGAGGUCGACAUGAGCAACAUCUCAGAAAUGAGGAAGACUUACAAGGAUGCCUUCCUGAAAAAGCACAACAUCAAGCUGGGCUUCAUGUCUGCGUUUGUGAAGGCUGCUGCUUAUGCGCUAGCCGACCAACCAGCUGUCAAUGGCGUAAUUGAUGACACAACCAAAGAGAUUGUGUACAGGGAUUAUGUUGACAUCAGUGUGGCUGUAGCCACGCCAAAGGGUUUGGUGGUUCCUGUAAUUCGAAAUGUAGAGGGAAUGAACUUUACCGAUAUUGAGAAGGCAAUCAAUCUGUUGGGAGAAAAGGCCCGUAAGAAUGAACUGGCUGUUGAAGACAUGGAUGGAGGCACCUUCACCAUCAGCAAUGGUGGCGUGUUUGGGUCCAUGUUUGGCACACCUAUAAUUAACCCACCGCAGUCGGCUAUUUUAGGCAUGCAUGGCAUCUUCGACAGGCCUGUUGCAGUCGGUGGCAAGGUUGAGAUCCGUCCUAUGAUGUACGUUGCCCUGACAUAUGAUCAUCGUCUGAUUGACGGCAGAGAGGCCGUCACUUUCCUGCGCAAGAUCAAGUCAGUGGUGGAGGAUCCCAGGGUGCUGCUUCUCGAUAUGUGA